AUGAGUCAAUCGCCAUAUAGACCCAACCUGGGGCCCUGCUAUUCAUUCAUUAAUUUACUCCCAAGGAUCAACGAUAAACUGCGAGGUAUUUUACAGCUUAACGAGUUCCGAAGACACGUAUGCGGCGAUAGAAAUGCGAUGGUGUUGCCCGUUCCCCCCGAGCUCGCAUUCAUGGCGUUUCAUUGUGAGCGGACGGCUGAACUGAACGCCGAAUGCCGAUCAGUCGCCGACGCGCCGCCGCGAGGGGAGCUCGUGUCCCGGCCACACGUGACUUGCAGCGCGCCG